AUAUUGUCUGCUUUCUAGUAUUGCAUUUCAGAUUUCCUAUUUCAAGCUGCCUUUUGAGAAUGUGAAAUGAGGUAGGCCUCUGGCCUAAACUAAGCUAAUAGCAAAAUGAUGAAAGACAGUGGAAAGCCAAAACGGCCAGAGAAGCCUAUAUAUGUCCCACCAGCUGCCACUCGAAAGCAAGGACCCAGGGAGGCCCCUAUUCCCAGCCCUGAAGAUAAGCACAAAAAGCGAGAGGUUCAGAUCUACAGACCGCCACCUGCUAGGAAGAGUGGUACUCCUGAAGAUGGAUUUCAGAAGGCAUUCAUGAAUGUUGUAGAGGGACAUGAGAGACAAAUGAGCACUGAAGCCCCACAGCAUGAAAGAUCUAUGCAGCAGGAGCCCAUCCUUACACAGACAUUUGUCGCAAAACGAACAUCCAGAGGAGGUAAUCAGUCAGGUCAUCCAAAUAGGAGUCCACAGGGACAGGGCCUUCAGUCACCUGGGAGGAAUCGAGACAAAGCAGGUGACACUAUGCCUGCAUCUCAAGAACAGAAGACAUGGAGACAAGGUGCUGAACAUGCAGCCCAGAGGAGAAAUCGAAGACCAAGUUUUGAAGAAGGGAAAAAUGCCAGAAAUUCUGAUAUUCCUAGGGAAAAUCGUCUCAACACUCAUUCCCAGGACCAACAAGGUAGUAAAGGGAAGAAAUUAUGGGAACCAGAACCAAGCAGUCCCAAAAAAUCCUGGCCACCACCUCAGCAAAGAAAUUUUGGGAAAUCUGGAGGUAGUCAUUCUGCAGCAAUCAAAUUCAGAGAGGAGUCACAGAAUGUUUCUUCAGACUUCAAGGUCCUAGCACAAAAGAAAAAUGAUGCGGGUAAUGAUUUACAGUUUCAUGCACCCAGGAAGGGUAAUGAUAUCAAUGGGCCCUCCCCUGGCAGAAAGAAGAGCCAUGAAGUUGGUCCACGAUCACCUGUGACAAAGAACAGUGCUAUUAGCACUUUAUCUAAGACAGUGGAAGAGUUGACCAUUGUGGGUCGUGGGAGAGGUCGUCGUCGCAUUUCCAAGGCUUCCUCUCGACCAACAGGAGCCAUUCAGGAAAAUGGAAUUCUUACACUUUCAGAACUGACUGAUCUAGAAGGAACCAGUGAUCAGAUCCGCCUUUCUUCUGGCUCAGACAAUGAAUUUGACCCAGGUGACAUGUUAGAGAGCCAUCAUUUCAAGAUUAAUCAGCAGAGAAAACCAGAUCCUCUCCAGCAGUUAUCUGCUUGGCCCGAUGCUAACUUUGAUCAGUCCCAUUCAGUUCGAUCAUUGCCAUAUCAGCACGGUACAGCUACAUCUAUGUACCACCAUGGAUCCUCUUCGUCUGCCUCCUAUACAAGUUGUCAGCCUGGAUUGGCAUCUUCUCUUGAUUCUUUGCCAUCUCAGUCAUCUAGCUCCCUACCACCUCUUCAGUACCAUUCAAAACUUGGCUCUGAUCCAACGCCUGGGAUCCUUCCAUUAAAAAACCUGUCCAUGAACAAUGGAGAGACAUUCCAACACAAACGAUCUCAAGAUGGAAAAAAGAAACCUUCAGACUCCCAAAAUUGGCUACCAGAAAUCCACAUGCUUCCACAAAGCCCAAGAUCCAGGCUGGAUUGGAGCGAGGAGGCUGAGCGGAAUGAUCCGUCCUAUCCUCCAUUGGAGCCAGCAAAAGCUGUAAUGGUGGAGCAGAGUGGAUUUGCUUCUUCACCAUUUCUUCAACCCAAUCUUAUGGAGGGCACUGUCUCUGAGAAGUUUCCUGACAGGGAGCCACGCAGGAUUCCCCCAAGCCUUAUCCAGCAGGUGACUCAUGGAGAUGCAGAGAUUCAGUUUCUUAUUGGAACCAGUCGUCUUUUGCCUGAAUGGGAGCGGGUUCAGGCUAUAAGGUCGUGUCCUUCGGCAUACAACCAUAUAUUAUUACAGCCCUGGUGCUCUCCAGCCAUGAACCAGCCCUACCCUCUUACUAAGGAGCAAGUUCGCCUGCUUCUUCUUUAUGACUUCCGAAUCGAGAAGAAGGCAGCCAAUUCCAUCGCUGACGUCAAUACUGCGUUUGGCCCGGACACUGCGUCCAAGAGCACUGCCUAUGAUUGGUACAGUCGCUUCCAGAAAGGAAAUGAAAGCCUGGAAGACCAGCCACGCACCGGUCGUCCUUCAGAGUUUGAUAACUCUGCCUUGCAGGAGGCACUGGAGGCCAACAACCGGCAAACAUCGCGAGAGCUUGCGGACUUGCUGGGUGUCUCCCAUACAACUAUCCUUCAUCAUCUGGCUGAGCUUGGCAAGAAGGCAAAGCAUUAUAUGUACAAGGUGUUUGAGAAGAUCCUUAGCCUGGACCUGAAGUUUUGUGAAGUGAAGAAUGUUGAGCACACCCUGUGGAAGAUGCUGUUUUAUCAAAUUAUCGAAUGGGUGCGACCCCAGCUGACGAUGGGGGAUCAACGACCUGACUCCCCACUCCGCACCAUUGUCAUGGCUAUCAUUCAGGAGGGUGAGCAGUAUUUCACACAGCUGUUGAACAUGCUGCAACAGGUGUACCAUGUGAAGCUGGAUGAAUACAUGAUGCCAGAGAAACAAGCAUUACCCCGUUCAGGGCUCCUCCCACUUGUCCUCCUUUCUGCGCAGAAAUUCUUCAUUUGUCUUGGGGAUCUGGCUCGAUACAAAGAGCAACUCUUCCCCAAUACCCAAUCUUCCUCCACCUCAUCUCAUUUCACUGAAGCCAAAGAAUGGUACACAAAGGCGAUGAUGCUGAAUGCAAAGAACGGCAGACCAUACAACCAGCUGGCUGUCAUCUCUUGCCUGAAUAGAAGGAAGUUGGAUGCAAUCUACUAUUAUGUGAGAAGCCUCCUCAUCUCAAAUCCAUUCCACUCUGCCAAAGAGAGCCUGCUUUCCUUGUUUGAUGAGGCACGCAUCAAGUGGGAGGCUGGGAAGAAGGAGAAGGAGGCAAGUCAUCGGAAGGAGGAAGAGGAGGAGGAAAAAAGGAGACGAAAGCUCAAGAAGCAUCGCGAGGUCUGGGUCCGUCCUGACAUUGGAAGCAAGGAGAGUCGCAUCCCUCUUCCCUCUGAAGACUCUUCUCCUCCCAUUCCUCCAUCUGAUAUGAACCGGAAGUUUGUUCAAGGCUAUAUGCAUGUCCAUGCUAAACUGUACCUGAAAAUAAAUAUGGGGAACUUAGCAGAGAGUGCACGAGAGAUGCUGAUGGAUUUUGACCGUCUCCUUGCAUAUUCUCCACUGCCCAUCAGUGAGACACGCAUCCUCCAGCUUCUAUCCAUCAACAUGUUCUCCAUUGAGAACAAUGCUUUCAAAGGCUCUGCAUCAGGGAUGAGUGGAGAGGGAUAUCGCCCUCUGGCUCAGGAGCAGGCCAUCCUGGUUGCCCUGGAGUUCAUGGCCAUCAUUGUCAGGCGCACAGUCAUGUUGUUCAAGGAGAACAUUGACCAUGAAGACCUCUCGAUUCUUCUCCCGGGAAUUAAGGUGUGGAUUGACUGGCUGCUCUCCCAUGCUGACAUCUGGAACCCACCUCCUACACUCACUGACCUGCGAGUCACGGAGCGGGACGUAUGGUCUUACUUGGCAGAUCUCAUUAACAUCCUGUCCAGCUUCCCCUUCACCAUCCUGCUAUCAGAGCAGAAGCAAGCUCAAGAUGAUCAGCUGGUGUACCUACUGGAGGACACAAUGAUGUACGGGUUCCUCCCACUGACAGUGGCAUGGGGUGAGGUGUGUUACAUUCCCUCAUCAGCUGAUGCCACUGCUGCUGCCACCCAGUUCCGUCACUCCAAGAUCCUCAUGUGUCGAGAUUUCCUUGCUGGCCUUGAUCCCCCACUCCUUCAAUUUGACCCCAGCACUCAUCUCUUUGUAUCUGUGGUCUCUGCUCUACCUGAUACAGAAGACUCAUUUGCUGGUCAAGAAGGACAAGGGGGAACAGAACGGGGAGAGGAAGAGAAGGAGGAAGCCUGGGGAUCCUCCUCUGGAGAUGAUCUGGAGGAGGAAGAGCAGCUGAGAAAGAGUCUUGUUCACUGGAGCAAGGAUGUGGCUGAGCUUUUCGUUCAGAAGACAAGGCUUGAGCGGGAGCAGCGAAGGGCAGCGCGCAAGCGCAAGCACCUUCAGGCCGUCCUUCGCAAGGAGACAUCCUUAUCCCGCCAAGUGGAGAUGGAGGUGCGACCACACUAUCUUGUGCCGGACACCAACUGCUUCAUUGACCACCUAGAAGCACUCCUAAUGCUGGCUGCAUCCCCACAUUAUGUCCUUGUUGUCCCUCUGGUUGUUGUGAAUGAGUUGGAGGGUCUGUCACGGGGCGAAGGUCAAGUUGGGCAACAGGCAAGCAAGGCAUUGACUUCGUUUCUCAGGAAUGUUCCACAGUCCCUUCGCUCCAAGGUGAGGUUUCUCACGUCCCAAGGCACGAAGCUCACCUCUGCCAACAUUGCCACGGAGGUUGAUGUUGAGGAGUCAUGCAAUGAUGAUCGGAUCCUGAGUUGCUGCCUUCAGCUGUGUAAGGAUGACAGGCAAGUGGAUGGGGUCCUGAAACGGGACACAGUGCUCCUGACGCAGGAUCGUAACCUGCGUGUGAAAGCACUCACAUGCCACGUUCCUGUCCGCGAUCUCCUUGACUUCCUUCGCUGGGCUGAAGUGAGAGAUUUGACUAUGAAAGAAAGAAAAUGUGAUCUUUCUUCUCUGAAUGACAUGCUUUUCGUUCAGAAGACAAGGCUUGAGCGGGAGCAGCGAAGGGCAGCGCGCAAGCGCAAGCACCUUCAGGCCGUCCUUCGCAAGGAGACAUCCUUAUCCCGCCAAGUGGAGAUGGAGUCGUCACGAGAAGAUCCCCUCAUCUCCGGAUGGAAAUCGAAAUGGAGGAUGGAGAAGGGAGGACUCCGAGUUUCUUCUUCAUUCCUCCUCAAAGGACGG